AUGGUAAUCAUGAGAAGCAGCAUUGUUUUUAUCAUUCUGCUUGUCUUUGUUUCAGUUGUGGUACAAUCAAAAGCAGAUUCUGUGCACUGCAGAAAUCCCGCAAGCCGAUGCUAUGGAAAGUACAUAGAAUGCCCUUAUGAAUGCCCUAGCACUAGCUAUGGAAACCAGAAAGCUAAAGUUUGCCAUGUUAACUGUGAUUCACCCGUCUGCAAGUCCUAUUGCAAACAUCGCAAACCAAACUGUAAUGGUCCUGGAUCAGCAUGCUAUGAUCCUCGCUUCAUUGGUGGUGAUGGCGUUGUCUUUUACUUCCAUGGAAAGCGCAAUGAGCAUUUCAGCUUGGUCUCCGACAGCAGUCUUCAAAUUAAUGACCGCUUCAUCGGCCAUCGCCCUGCUGGCCGAACCAGGGACUUCACUUGGAUUCAAGCAUUAGGAAUCCUAUUUAACUCUCAUUCCUUCUCCCUUGUGGCCACUAAGACUACAACAUGGAACAGUGAAGUCGACCAUCUAAAAUUCAGUUACAAUGGGGAGGAUUUGGUUGUUCCAGAAGGUGCUCUCUCCAGUUGGUACUCCCCAGAGAAAGAUGUGAAAGUUGAGAGAGUAGCAAACAAGAACAGUGUCAUUAUAACUUUGAAGGACAGUGCAGAGAUUAUGGUGAAUGUAGUUCCAGUGACCAAAGAAGAUGACAGAAUUCACAACUACAAAGUACCUUCGGAUGACUGCUUUGCUCACUUGGAAGUUCAGUUUAGGUUCUUUGCCCUUUCUCCUGAUGUUGAUGGAUUGCUUGGCAGGACUUACAGGCCUGAUUUCGAAAACCCAGCCAAGCCUGGUGUGGCAAUGCCUGUUGUGGGUGGUGAAGACAACUACAGGACAACCUCACUUCUCUCUGCGGACUGCUCAACUUGUUUGUUCUCACCUGAAAGUGGUUCAAACCAGGAGACCACAUCUGUGACUGAGUAUCUCACUCUUGAUUGCACCCGUGGGGCUUCAGCAGGAUAUGGAAUGGUUUGCAAGAAAUGA